AUGCUGUCAUUAAUAUGUCGCUCAAAGAAACUGCUGCUGCCGCAGAUGGCUGCAUUCAGUACCUCAAAGCCUAUAAGUAAACCAAAGACAGCUAUUAUUAUGCUUAAUAUGGGUGGACCAGAGACUACACAGGAGGUGGGCGAUUACUUACUCCGCAUUAUGACAGACCGUGAUAUGAUACAACUGCCAGUCCAGAGCAGACUGGGGCCUUGGAUAGCUGCGAGGCGAACACCUGAAGUUGAGAAAAAGUACAUGGAGAUCGGGGGUGGUUCUCCCAUCCUCAGAUGGACUAAUAAACAAGGGGAACUGUUGACUGCGGCUUUGGACCAGAUGCAGCUGACGAUGGCACCAUUCAAACAUUAUGUGGCAUUUAGAUAUGUACGCCCGUACACACAUGACACCUUUGAACAAAUUGAGAUAGAUGGCAUCGAACGGGCUGUCAUAUUUUCUCAGUACCCACAGUACAGCUGCGCAACCACAGGGUCCAGUUUGAACGCCAUAGCUGACUUCUACAAAGACAGGAAAAUACCUACAACCAUAAAGUUCAGUAUGAUAGAGAGGUGGCCAACUCACCCUCUUCUGGGGAAGGUCUUCGCUGAGAGAAUAGAUGAGAAGCUCAAACUCUUCGACCCUUCAAUCAGAGACGAUGUCCUAAUACUGUUCACUGCGCACAGCCUACCUUUAAAAGCUGUGUCCCGCGGGGACACGUAUCCCCACGAGGUAGCGGCGACGAUGGCAGCCACUAUGCAGCACCUCAUGAUUAAGAACCCCUAUAGGUUAGUCUGGCAGUCCAAAGUGGGUCCAUUGACUUGGCUACAGCCUUACACGGAUGAUGCUAUCAAGGCGUACGUAAAACAAGGAAAGAAACACAUCAUAUUAGUACCAAUUGCAUUUGUCAAUGAACAUAUAGAAACAUUACACGAAUUGGAUAUUGAAUAUUGUAAUGAAAUCGCUAAACAGGCUGGUGUGGAACAGAUAGAGCGAGCAGCCACCCCCAAUGAUCAUCCUACAUUCAUAGCAGCUCUAGCGGACGUCGUCAGCAAACAUCUGACUAGCAAUCAGACCAUAUCUAAUCAAUUUCUAACCAGAUGUCCACACUGCGUCAGCGCAAGAUGCUUUGAGUCCAAAGAGUUCUUCAGGAAGCUGUGCGGCACGGAAUUAGAAGCUGUGGCGCCCGUUACCACAUAG